CUGGAAAUACACCCGUGUGACUAGUAUCCAGCAGAAGAGGAUAAUCCGCGGACCGAACCACCCACGAGAAUAUCUAACAUACUCACUCCUGUUGGGUUUUUUGAAGUCGCUUGUUGCGUUUGGAUCGGUGAGAGGAGCGGCUAACUCAAAGGAGCCUGAGUUGUUUUUUUUUCUUUACCUGGUGGCGAAGGAAACGCGUCAUGAUUGCUAAAUGCUGUAAUAUCAUAUCCGUGUGGACGAUUUGUCUCAGAACGCCUACAUUAGGUAAGCAAAGAAAAUGUGUGGAGUGGAGAUAAACUGUGGCUCAACUUAGACGGACAAAUAACGGGUUCAAGUGGGGGCGCGUUCACCUUUGCGGUGUGAUUCUUACGGUAAAUGACACACAGUCGAGGAGGAAAGUCUUCACGUGUGCUAGGCGUUAAGGAGAACAUCAAUUGUGAUCGCGGGAUACUGUGCUGAGUGACACAACACCCCCACCAUGGAGCUGUUGGAAUGCCGACUCUGCCUCUUCCCGAUGUGGGAGCCGGUGACCAUUGCCUGCGGUCACACCUUCUGCAGGAGGUGCGCGGGGACCUACCUCCAGUCUAAAUGCACGACUUGUAAAGAGAGGUUAAAACAGAGGGAAAUGAGAAACGCGAAGAACAAUGUUUUGCUCAUCCGUGUCAUUGAAAAGUGCUGCCCCGAGGAUGCAAAGAUUAAGUGCCAUUUGCAAGAGAAGCUCCGCGCCAAGCAGUACCAAGAAGCUUUACGCGUCGCCAACGACGGCAUACAGCAAGUCCCAGAAGACCCAAGUCUGAAGCUAUACAGAGCUGAAGCAAACUGUGGCCUACUGCGUUUUUCUGAUGCUCUGGCGGACCUUGACUACCUCUGCUGUCUUCGGCCUUUGUGGACUGAGGGCUUCUUUCGGAAAGGGAACAUCCUGUUGGAAAUGGCUCAACAGACCGAAUCCCUCAUCCAAUUUCACCAUUGCCUCAAACUUCAAGCUGACUUUAUUCCUGCUAAGAAUCAGAUCAAGAAGAUCCUGGAGGCAGAGGGCAUCUCAGUGCCAGAGGAAGUCCCCUGCAUUAUGCGAGUGUUGGCUGAUUACUUGAAGGCAUCCUACUCCAUGACAAGCCUCAGUGGCACCCAGGUAACACACCCUGAGGGCCUCAAAUACCCACAUGGCGAUGCAGAGGGCAAGGAGAGGAGAGACGCAUACCGGGUGCGGUCUCCAGACGGGAGCUCCAAAGUGAAUCACGACACCAACACCGAGUGCUGCCUCGGCCUCUGCCAAGCUGUCUCCUUCCUGCCUGCCAGUGAAGACGAUGAGAAGAGAAUGGCAAGAAAGGAGGAUGUGAAGGGCACAGGUGCCAGUUUACACUGCAGAGAAAAAACUCUGAGUGUACUCACUGUGUCAGACUUCGAGUGCCCUCUCUGCAUCAGGUUGUUUCACGAGCCAGUUACCACUCCAUGUGGUCACACUUUCUGUAAAAACUGUAUCGAGAGGAGCCUGGACCACAACCUCCGCUGUCCGCUCUGCAAGCAGCCGUUACAAGAGUACUUGAAGAAUAGGAAGUACAAUAUCACAGUUGUGGUUCUGGAUAUCAUGGCCUGCCUUUUCCCCUCACAGCUGGCCGAACGGAAACAAAUACAUGAGGCAGAGAUGGCAGAACUGUCAAACCUCACUAAGGACAUCCCUAUAUUUGUUUGCACUGUGGCCUACCCUGGGGUGCCGUGUCCUUUGCACAUCUUCGAGCCUCGAUACCGACUGAUGAUGCGUCGCUGUAUGGAGACAGGAACGAAAAAGUUUGGCAUGUGCAGCUACGAACAUGGCAAAGGCUUUGCUGACUAUGGCUGCAUGCUGGAGAUCCUUAGCCUGGACCUACUGCCAGAUGGCCGCUCCUAUGUGGACAGUGUGGGGAGCAACAGGUUCAGAGUUUUGAAAAGAGGCCUACGAGAUGGCUACCACACGGCUGAUAUCGAAUAUGUGGAGGACGUCAAGGUCGAAGGGAGUGAACUGGAACUCUUGCAGCGUCUCCACGACAGCGUUUACCAACAGGCCCAGGACUGGUAUCAGCGGCUUGGCGGCCGCAUGAGAGAACAGAUCAACAGACAGUAUGGCAUCAUGCCUAAUAUUGAGGAGAACAUUCAGGCCUCGUCCAACGGUCCAGCUUGGUGCUGGUGGCUGCUGUCUGUCCUCCAGCUGGACCCUGCCUAUGAAACCACAGUCCUCUCUCUUUCUUCGCUUAAAGACCGGCUAGGUCACCUCCGCCUCAUCCUUGAGUACUUCUCUCAGAGCUAAACACAGCAGCCUGGUGGAAUUUGUGGGAUAAAAGGCCGAGCGAGGGGUCAAGAUUACGUACAUACAUAAUGCUGUACUUGAGUGAAGCUCAGAAGUUCUGACUUCACUUAUGUCAGUUUUGGGGCUUAACUACUCUGAAACACAAAGGGACUGUUUUUAUGUCACACCUCAAGGCCAAAUCAUAUGGCCAAAACCAUAAAUAGUAAUUUAUGAAAAGACCCUAAGAAGUUAUUUAAAGCUUGCCUCUUACUCGCUUUAUAUCAUUGUGAAUACGUGUGUGUGUGUGUGUGUGUGUGUGUGUGUGUGUGUGUGUGUGUGUUAUAUAUAUAAAAAAGGACUGUCACAACACACAAUCCCUGCAGCGUCGUUUGCCACAUUCUUGUGUGGUUUACAGCGAAAAGAGGCAUUCAACAAAUUCAAUUGAGCGCUAACUCAAAAUUGAUCCAUGUUACGAAUAAUUCAGGGUUGGAACAGUACACAUGGAGACAACAGUUUCAUUAACCACGCACCGUGUCAGAAUGCUGGCGAAAACAAGCUCAAACAAACAUACUCUCCAGUUUUCGCACAAAAGACUUCCAUCGACAAGCAGAUAAAGAAUGAGAAUGUCGUGAAUUACAGUUUCAAGUCGCAGUUGAAGAGCCGAUGAAAUUCUUGACACGCGAGAAACAAAUAUUCAUUUCAGGACUGCAAUUAACAGUUAUUUCAAUAAUGGAUUAUGUUGUUGAUUAUUUUGUCGAUUAAUCGAUGAAUCCGAUUUAAAAAAAAAAAGGAGCAUGUUUUAAUUUGCAUCCCUUUCUUGAAAAACAGGACAUUAUUUCACAUGACAGUUCACAAAAUACACAAGCAAAUCUGAUUCACUUAAUCGUUUGGUCGGUGAUGUGUCAGAAAAUAGGCAAAAUUGUGAUCAUUAUUUUUCAAAUGAAAAGCGAAUAUUAUAUUACGGGGGACUACAGAAAUCUGAUAAUGUUUACCGUUGAGAAGCUGAGAUUCCAGGCAUUUGUACAACUUGCAUUUUGUCAAUACAAUGAACCAAAAAAAUAUAUCAAAACGAUUUAUGGAUUAUUAAAAAUAAAUAUGGAUCAAUGUGAUGAUCGAUUAGUUCACGAUUAAUCGCUGCACCUCAAGUUUUUGGCUUUGCAGACUAAUUGUUCCGUGCCCAAGUUGACCUUUUGCUUGUAUUCCCUUAUCCCUGGCCGCCAUUUUGGAAUGCAGCGUUUUGUACUUUGGAAUAUGAAACUACCCCCGUUUCGUAUAUGAGUGAUUGUUGCAAUAAUAAUGUUUGUGUUCUGUGUAAAUUCGCACCUACUUGAAGGUUUUUUUUAAUGAAAGCCAACAACCAGGUUGCUCACUCAUGUUGUUGAUCCCUUUUUGUUGGACAAUUAAGAUAUCGUUAAAGAGGCCGAAUUUGACAGCCUUGAUUUUUUUUUUUUUUUUUUGGUGCAUGCAUUACCAGUGGAUAGUCAAGUACAGGCGUCAUUGUUCGAAUCGUCUGUCAUCUGUAAUAAGGAUUAAUGUGUAGAUUUCAUUGACUGGCAACCUUUUGGUUUUACGAUGACGCUAUGGAGGCCAACAUGCCAGCUCCAUCUCGACUGCUCAGCGUCAUGUACUGAGGGAAAACCGCUCGAUGAAAUGGCCAUGGUCUAAGUAGCGAUAAAUCUCCAUGGUGAUAAUCUACAAUAACGCCGGUGGCCCAGUGUCCCAUCACUUGAGCAGGGGCCUCUCUGCCAUCAUUCAUAUUGGUUUGGAGUGCCUUUGAGUGUGAAAAUUCUGCAAGUCUUAAAGGUUGUACGUAACAUAACA